UAAGGCCCGCUCAGAUCAGGUAUAUAAAUGAGCAUGCAGCGAGGGGCCUCUCGUCGCCUCACCGGGACAGAAGACAGGAUGCGGACUUUGGUUGCGAUAACCGUGCUGCUCGCUGCAACGUCGGCCCACGCUAGCUGGAUCGACAGCAUUACGAACCAGAUCUCGAGUCUGUUUCAGUCAUACGAAGAGGCGCCAUACAGCGUCACCGCCACGUAUCCCGGUUACGAAGAACGCGUCUACCCCGCCCAGAAAUGGGUUUGCACUGAGCACACGGCGCACCGAGAUGACGAUGACGUGAGGUCGAAUAUGUUCUGGAACCUUUUCCGAUAUAUCUCUGGCAACAACAGCAAUCAGCAAAAAAUCGAAAUGACUGUCCCCGUUACGACCGAGUACACUGAGGGGACCACGACCAAUAAGUACCAAAUGUGCUUCUACAUCGGAGCAGAGCACCAGGAUGACCCCGCCACGCCCACCGAGCAACAGGUCACCAUUCAGCAACGCCCGGAAAUGACCGUGCUCACCAGGACUGUUGGAGGAUAUAUGGACGAUGACGAGGAUUGGCUAGAGGAAACAAACCGUCUUGCCGAGAUCAUCAACGCAAAUGGCGAAUCUGUUUCUCUCAGCCAAACGUAUUGGGUUGGCUACGACGCUCCCUUCAAGUUCUGGAACCGCCGUAACGAGGUAUGGUUCGUCAAGAAUUGAAGUCCGUUCGAGUGUCUAGUCCCAGAAAAAAAAGGAAAAAGAUGGGUGGCUUACAAAGGAGAAGAAAACGGAAUAUAGAAAGAAAAUUGAUCAGCGGGCGGGACAAAAAGUGCAAGUCAUCGAAAAUUGUUGAUUUUCAUCACAUCAUUUCAUCAUUCUCGAUUGUUUUUGUGUGAAUUAGCCAUAGAGAGGACUUUGCGUUAGAUGUAUAAAUGCAUUUUGUACGUGAAUAAAAUAUUAUACUUAU